AUGUUAACAUCUGUACCACAAGUCCCGCUGGCUGGACACUUAUACCCGAUACAGACACAGGCACCGCCUCCUCCGAUCAAUAUACCUACUGUAUCAACGGCUGGCCAGCUGAUCUUCCCUAGUGGCCUGCCUGAAGCUUGUCCCACCGCUCUGUCGCAGCAGCAUCAGCAACAUUCUGCAGCAGCUUUUGCAGCUGCCAUGGCCGCCGCUAAUUACUACUCCCAACCUACGGCUGCAAAUUCCGUUGGGCCUAUGGCCACUGGCGCUAUGCCACACUCUCAGCCUCCUCAGCAGCAGCAGUUAAUGGCAGCUGCUCAGUUCGCUAGUUUUCUUCAUCACCAACAGCAGCAGCAACAACAGUCUUCUCACACACAGGUUAACUAUCAUUCAGUCGUUCUAAAGGUCUUUAUUUAA